UUUCUGGAAAUUCCAAUGGAUUCUACAAGAUAUUAUAAGGCUCCAGCUACACGAGCAAGAAAAGGAUAAAACCUAUAUUGUUUUCCAGGCAGCUAAUUAUCCUCUGAAAGAACACAGACCAAGGAAUUAUGUGGUGCUUGUUGACUUAGUUGCUCAAGAUUACUCUUGCAUAUGCUGCAAAUUUCUGAAAGAUGGCAUUCUGUGUUCACACAUUUUGAAAUUUAUGGUUCAUUUGAACAUACCUGAAAUUCCAGAGAAGUAUUUCAUUGAUCGUUGGAGGAAAAAAUCCAUGAAGGUUCAAUUGAUCAAAGAGCCAGAGAUACAUGGAGAUAAUCCGGCGCUUAUGUUCAAUGUACUGUCGAAAAGGUUGGUUCGAACAGCUUCAACUGCUUCAAAGAAGAAAAGAAAGUACAGUUACCUUCUGCAAGAAAUAGAUAGGAUAGAGAAAGUGAUGAUUGACAUGGAUAAUGAGGAUGCACAAUCAGCAGAUGGAGCAACUAUGACUACUAGGACAGUAACAAAUGUUAGCUCGGGAAAUGAUGGCGAUGCUACAUCUUCGAACAUUGAGCUUCAAGACCCAGAUGUUGUUAACACUAAAGGAAGACCUCGAAUGCUCACAAUAAGAGAGGCAAUCAAGCAAAAUAAAUUUUACACUUGUAGUCAUUGUGGUUCUAAAGAGCACACUAUAAAGAAGUGCACAAACAAGGACAAGCACUAUGAUCUACCUAAGCGCAAGAAGUCAAGGCCUAACCCGAUGAAACAGAAAAAGAGUGAGGCAACCAAGAAGAACAAGAACAGUAAGCCUAAAAACACGGGUGGGCAGUCACAAAGUAAGAAGAAGUCCAAACAAGAUGCAAGCAGUAGCAAUGAGCAAGUAGUUAAGGAAGUUGUUCAAAAAGAAUAAGCGGGAGAAAAAAGAAUCAGAACUGAUGCAGAUAACAAGGCAAAUUUAUGUG